AUGUUGACAAUAAGGAGGAAGUAAACGAAUGGCAGGAGUUACGAGACAAGAAGGGAAAGGGACAACACCUAUAUCAGAUAAAUGCUGGAGGUAGGAAGAUCCUCGGGGCGAGAGAGAAGGGUAGAAAAUAAGGCUAACAAUAGCAGGGCUGGGAUUUGGACACAAAGUUUAAGAGUUAAUUGAAAUACGUCAGUCUGGGAGGUUUGAUCACUGCGGGGAGGAGAUUGAGUCGGUGGGACAUCGUAUUUCUGUGCCAGAGCUAUUAGAGGGAGAGGGAGGGUUUCUAUUGGAGUUUAGGAAAAGCGAUGUUGGAGAACCAAGUUUUAGCAAGUUAAUAAGUAAAUCAUUAGGGCAUGUCGCGUUUAUUAGGGGUUAAAUAUUUAUUUCGUUUCCUUAGGGAGACAAGACUAAUGGGGAGAAUUUGACGCCUUCACUGUUUCUGGUCCACACUCCAGUCCAGUUGGUGGCGGUAAUGUUCCUUAGAAGUUGGUUGCUAACCGUCAUUUAAAUCCCACAGAAGACGAAAUAGAAGAGCUAAGCUCCAACCAGAUGCUGCAUACACUCGUGCUACUUUCUGGUUGCAGAAAUAAAUAAAUAAAAACAAUUCAACUAAAAGCUCGUACCUAGUUUAUCCCGAAUCAUUAGUUCAGAGCAUAGUGCUAUUGCAUUGACUCCUAUGGUAAUGCAUGGCUAGUUAAUUCUUUUUCUCGCGUUGCACCAUUCAGCACUGGUGCUAGCUACUGUUGCAAAUUCAGCAGGGUUUCCAUGUGUGUAGGGCAAUGGACCAUUCCUCAACAUUUUCAGUAACAGGUCUCCCUCUGUCCUCCCUGCGCCUCCUGGUACCUCCAUUACGCCUGAUGUCCGCGUCCAUGUGGCAAGUGGCUCAGCAACGUGACGUGAUGCAAUAUGGGAAACUGGAGGAGUUUGUGACUCUGGUGACGGAGAUGGUUCCGGAGCUGCUGACUUUCCGGCAGAGGGCCCAACUGGUCCUGGGGUUGAGGGCGAGGCUGGUUCUUGAGGUUUGUCGUGGUGUGGAGUCUAACCCAGAUGGCUACAAAGCCAUCCAGCCUCACCUGGAUAGAAUCCACUUGUGUACAUCCUGUAAACAUAGCAAAGACGAAGAAGUGGAGGCAUCACAGGAGGCCAUUGUGAACCUGGUCCAAACUCUCCUAAAAGACCACACCAAGAAGGAACACUUUUUUCAGGAGGUGUUCCCUGUGCAGUAUAGCUGUAGAUACGACACAGCACUGCAGAUACUGGUGUGGCAUUUUUUCGACCGACUAGAGGAGUUGCUCCCAGUGCCCAAUUUUACACAGACAGCAUCCAUUCUCAGCCCAACCCCUACUGACCUGGUGGAGUGUCUGCAAUUAGUCUCUGACCCUGAGCACCUGAAGACACUGCUACAACACCAUGGAAAUCUGAGGCUUAAAGAAGAUGUCUUUGUCUAUGACUCUGAUUUAAUCUUCUCCACGUUGACACUUCCUGUUCCCUCGCUGAAGUCUAAACAGACCGCAAGAGGUCAAGAAAAAGGCACGGUGGGAAACGGAAGUUAUGUUGUGAGAAAGGGAGAGAAGGGAAGUGCUGAAGGAACAACAGGACAGGAGUGUGACAAGAUGGUACAGCAAGAAACGAGUGGAAAAGAUGAUGCCAGUCUGUUAAGUGAAAAGGACGCCGAAGGACUAAAAGACACUGGGAACUCUGGGCAGCCAUCAGGAAUCAUCAGUGGACCCACGACUCUCCGGUCCCUGCAUUCCUGGGUCUUCUCUUGUUCGCUGUGCGACUUCUCCGGCAGAUGGAAGGACCUCCAAGAGCACGUCCGGAAGAAGCAUCUGAAGGAGGACGAUAGGAACCUGGGCUCUGGAGACGGUGGAGCUGAGAACAUCCUUACGCCUGUCGGUGAGGACUCACCCAAGAAGCCCGACAGCAACGGGUACAGCUGCUCCCAGUGCGGAAAGGCGUUCAGAACCCGCUACGACCUGAGACGGCACCAGAGCGUUCACUCCGACGCCAAGCCGUUCCGCUGUGACCAGUGUGACAAGAGUUACAAAAGCAAGUUGUGUCUGAAGCAGCACUAUCGGGUCCACACGGGGGAGAGGCCCUACGUCUGCUCGUACUGUGGGAGGAGCUUCAGGAUUGGGGGAAGUUUACAGGCGCAUGUUCGCAUCCACACGGGGGAGAGGCCUUUCGUCUGUGCCACCUGCGGGAAGAGUUUUAUACAGUCCAAUAUGCUGACUGUACACCUCAGGAUGCACAGGGGGGAGAAAAACAGCUUGUGUAGCGUUUGUGGAAAGUCUUUUUACGUCUCGGCCGCCUUAAAGAUCCACAUGAGAGUGCACACGGGCGAACGGCCCUACUGCUGUGAGCAUUGCGGGAAGACGUUCGUCAAGUCUUGGAUACUCAAGCUGCAUCAGCGGAGUCACACGGGCGAGAGGCCGUACUCCUGCAGGCUGUGUGAAAAGCGCUUUGCGUCCCACCACGGCAUUAGAAAACACACGAGGACUCACACUGGCGAGAAGCCCUAUCAGUGUUUAAAGUGCGGUAAGAGCUUUACGGAGAACUCGAACAUGAAAAUACACCAGCGAGUUCAUGGAGAAAAAGACGCGCGUUCGAAGAUUUCGGUUUGUAACGUCGACACGACCGACCUCCAGUCACGAAGUGCGUCAAGAAGGCAGACUGGGAAACACGGCAGUGUCACCAACCCUCCCUGAACUGAGUUACAUAAACAUCAAUGUUCACGUUUUGUGUACCCAUUACAUUUUGUUUCCUGUUAUAACAAGUAAUUUUUUUCUUAUAGUAUUAUCAAAUAGUUUUGUCAUAGUAUUGACUUCAUUUUCAUCUCCCUUUUUAGGAGAUUUUAUUUUUUUGGAAGACAUUGUCCUGAGGAGGCGUUGUCAACAGCAUGUGAAAGUGUUCGGAGCGUAAACUUUGUCGUCUGUAUGCCUCUUUACUGUUAAAUUAGAAUUAGAACUGCUCCGUACUGAUCGUAUGUACUCCCAUAACACCUGCAACUGUUGAAUAAUGUGUUCUGGUGUUCCGUGUCUCUCUGUCAUAUGUUGUAUUCAGUAAAGGAACCCAUGUUUAUUGUUCA